AUGUCUCCUGCCUCUCCUCCGGGACAAGCUCAGUGGGACCAAGGCCCGCAGCACUUUCUGAAGGCCCAAGAGGAGGAGGAAGAGGAUAAAUAUGAGCUGCCCCCCUGUGAGGCCCUGCCCCUCAAUCUGGCCCCUGCACACCUUGCAGGUGCUGAGGAGGAGUCCUUGUACCUGGGUGAGGGCAGGGAACUGAAGGCAGCAAUGAACCCGCAGCUGACCACAAAGCCAGGACCUGCCUUUGGGAGUCGAGGGCGAGAGGUGAUAUCCAGAGUGGUGGCAGCAGGCCCUGCAAAGGAUCAGGAUGAGGAUGUCUACCUGAAGUGUGAGCCUGAUCCAGCGGGAAGGAAAGCCCCUCUUCCCUCCACAGCCCACCCUGGAUGCAGUUCAGCUGCCAAGGACAGUAGCCUGCUGGCCCAGCCUUGGUACUCAGGGAACUGUGACCGCCAUGCUGUAGAGAGAGCCUUGCUCUGCUUCCAAAAGGAUGGGGCCUACACAGUGCGCCCCAGCUCAGGGCCUCACACCUCCCAGCCCUUUACCCUGGCAGUGCUUCUCCAAGGCCGGGUCUUCAACAUUCCCAUCCGGCAGCUGGAUGGUGGGCGCCACUAUGCCCUGGGCCGGGAGGGCAGGAACCACGAGGAGGUCUUCUCUUCCGUGACCACCAUGGUUCAGCACUAUUCAAAGCAUCCCCUGCCCCUGGUGGACAGACACAGUGGCAACCGGGAACUUGCCUUCCUGCUCUUCCCCCUCAAGCCUUAA